CGGCAGACGGUAUGUAUGCGGUUCUGUCCGUACACCGGGGCUGCGGCAGGCGGUAUGUAUGCGGUUCUGUCCGUACACCGGGGCUGCGGCAGGCGGUAUGUAUGCGGUUCUGUCCGUACACCGGGGCUGCGGCAGGCGUAUUAGGGAUCUGACACCAUGGACCAAUCGGAUAUCACUCUAAAGCUCCGGCGUCAAUUAAAGGAGGUAGAAGAGGAGAGAGACAGGGCCGCUCAGUAUGGGCUUCAACUACUGGAAAGUCAAAGUGACCUACAGAAUCAGCUGGAGGAGCAGCGGAAUGAAAUGACCAGCACUAUUGAGAACUUGGAACAAGAAAAGUAUUCGCUCCAACGGGAAGUUGAACUAAAAAACCGGAUGCUAGAGAGUUUAUCAUCUGAAUGUGAAAACAUAAAGCAACAGCAGAAGGCUUGUCUUGAGCAGUUACAGGAACAACUAGAGCGCAACCACAGUCGUGAAAUGAGUGAAGUAAAAGACAAGAUGGAGAAGCUGAAAGCUGAACUAGAUGAAGCAAGAUUAAGUGAGAAGCAACUAAAACACAAACUGGACCAUCAGACCGAGCUGCUAACUAACAAAUCGGAGGAAUUGCGGAUGAUGUCUGAGCGUGCUCAUGAAACUAUGUCUUCGGAAAUGGUCACCCUCCAGCUUGAAAUAAAUGAACUUGAAAGUGCAAAAGCACAAUUAGAAGAAGAGAUGAAUGAAUUGCAGUAUCGCCAACAGCAACUUGUGCUGACUAAUGGAAACCAAAGUCGACAGCUAGAACGACUUCUGUCGGAAAAGGAAGAGCGAGAGAAAGAGGCUGUUAGUUAUUUCAAUGCUUUGGAGAAAGCACGAGAAACAAACCAGGAUCUUCAGAUUCAACUUGACAGUGCUUUACAGAAGGCCCAAGACCCCAACAGUAGAGGCAACUCCUUGUUUGCAGAGGUGGAAGACCGGAGAGCGGAAAUGGAGCGCCAGCUGAUCAGUAUGAAGGUGCAGUACCAGUCCCUACAGAAGCAACAUGCUUUUUCCAGACAACAGAUGCACCGAAUGAAGGUGCAAAUAGCAACUCUGUUGCAAUUGAAAGGUUCGAAGUGUGACCCUGAACAGCUGGAAAGGUUACAGUCCAUGGUUGCUCAGAAGAACAGUGAAGUUGAGAAACUGCUGGUAAAAGUGCGCCAACUAGAGAAAUGUCAGCAAAAUCUAGAAAACGGCCCAUCAAAGAUAAAUACUGAUCCUUUGGUGCAAGGUGAUGAAGUUUAUUAUGUGGAUUUACUUAAAAUGAAACUGGAGAAUUCAAGUAAGGAGAUAGAGAAGAUAAAAGAUGAAUUAUCUCUGCAAAGAAUGAAGGCUUUAGCAGAAAGCCAGCGGGUCUUGGAGCUGGAAAGGAAGCUUUUUACCAACGAUAGGCAUCUUAAACUCUCCCAGGGCGAAAACAUGAAACUUCGUGUCAGCCUGGAUGAACUCAAAAUGAAAUAUGAGCCUGAUGAAAUUGGUAAAUUGCGAACUCAGAGGCGAAGGCGAGAACAACUUCCACUCGACUGUCCAGCUGAAGAUGUAGCUAAUGGUGUAGACCUGCCUGUCAGUGCUUAUGAUCCUGUUCCCAACAUUUCUCCCGAAGAAAAAGAAAAUGUGACGUUAUUGUCAGAAGAUAAAGCCUGCUCUCAUGAAAAGGAACCAGUAUCUUCUGCUGAACAAGAUGUACCAAGUGAACCUAUGAUUGAAGAUAAACCCAGCGUUACCCAACCUGUGAAAGAGCGGAAAAGAGUAAGAAUAGCAGAAGAUAUAAAUGACACCCAAACUUUAAGUAAAAAGGACUGCACCAUCGCUUCUACAUCCCCCAGGUCGUCGGCUGGAGACUCAAGUCAUGAACCAACAAAAGCUGAUGAGGAGAAAGACUUACGAAAGUGUGAGAGGAAAUCAAGACAUAGAGCUCAGCCUAUUCUGCAUGUGUCUUCAAAGCCCACCUCAGUAACUCAGUGCCCACAGCAGUAAUACAUUGUUCUGGAUCAUUUAUCACACACUGAGAACCCAGUUUUUUUUUUUUAUAUACAGUGUAAGUUUUUCUAUUUUGUAAAAUAGUUGAUGUAGGAUAAUGUUAUAGGUUUUGUAUGAAAAGAAAAGCCCAAAGCAACAAAUGUUUCAUUAGUGGUUAAAGCGUAACUGUCACAAAAAAUAUGCUUGUGAAGCUGCACACACAAUGCACUAGGGCUUCACAAGCAUUUUCUUGGCAUACCUUUAUAGCUACCGUAUAUACUCGAGUAUAAGCCGACCAGAGUAUAAGCCGAGACCCCUAAUUUCAACCCAAAAUCCCAGGAAAAGUUAUUGACUCGAGUAUAAGCCUAGGGUGGGAAAUACCUCAUCCCCCCCUGUCAUCAUCCAGACCCGUCAUUAACAUCCUCAUCAUCCCCUUGUCAUCAUCCCACACAUCCCCCCUUCAUCAU